AAGUGGAAACACAAGAUCCCACAAAAUCCGUUAAUGUCUUGUGACUCACACCCAACACAAAUAGAUCAAUACAUUAAAUAAACUAUAUAUAACUAUGCCUAACAAGGUCACUGACAUGCACUUCCACCAAGAAGAAGAAGAUACUGGAGUGAUCAGGAGAUCAUCCUGGAGAACACCGAGAGGGCAUUUCGUGGUUUACGUUGGUACGAAGUUGGAAAGAUUUGUGGUUCCCACUAGGUUUCUCAAGAGCCCUUUGUUUCAGAAUCUUCUAGAAAUGGCUGCAGAGGAGUUCGGCUACGCGGAGGCUCACCCUAAUAAGAUCGUCUUGCCCUGUGAUGUCUCUACCUUCCGAAGUCUCGUCAUGUUCCUGACUUCUCAGGACAAGUAACACAUAUAUCUCAUGUGUUAUAAUUUAAAUAUUGUGUUGUACUAUUUGAACUUAAUUCAUCAGCGAGUGUAUGUUGAACAUUAUUUUAACG